GAACAUGUGAGACAAUUUGCUGCUGCUGGAAAGAGGACAGCUGGGGCUGAGCUCCUGCAGAAGCAGAUUGACUUCCCCGCGGCGGAGCCAGGCGAAGGAACACGUCAACAUGGACGAUAACAUGGAUACAAAAUCCAUUCUAGAAGAACUUCUUCUCAAAAGGUCUCAGCAAAAGAAGAAAAUGUCACCAAAUAAUUACAAAGAGCGGCUUUUUGUUUUAACCAAAACAAAUCUUUCCUACUAUGAAUAUGACAAAAUGAAAAGAGGCAGCAGAAAAGGAUCAAUUGAAAUUAAGAAAAUCAGAUGUGUGGAGAAAGUGAAUCUUGAGGAACAGACACCAGUGGAGAGACAGUACCCAUUUCAGAUCGUCUACAAGGAUGGGCUUCUCUAUGUCUAUGCAUCAAAUGAAGACAGCCGGAGUCAGUGGUUGAAAGCAUUACAGAAAGAGAUCAGGGGCAACCCUCACCUGCUGAUCAAGUACCACAGUGGAUUCUUCGUGGACGGGAAGUACCUGUGCUGCCAGCAGACCUGUAAAGCAGCCCCAGGAUGUACCCUCUGGGAAGCAUAUGCUGAUCUUCAUGUUGCAAUCAACGAAGAGAAACAGAGAGCUCCUACCUUCCCAGACAGAGUGCUCAAGAUUCCUCGAGCAGUUCCUGUUCUCAAAAUGGAUGUGCCGUCUUCAAGUGCCAGCCUAGUUAAAUACGACAGCGAUUCAAGGAGAAACUACGUCUCCCAGCCAAACAUCAACACGGGGUAUAUUCCCAGGGAAGACUGCCCUGACUGGUGGCAAGUAAGGAAACUGAAAAGCGCUGCAUGCAGUAGCCCAACGGAAAGAAGCGCCACCAAUCACAGCAUCUCCAAGAUUUCCUGGGGAUUCCCGGAGUCAAGUUCAUCUGAAGAAGAGGAAAACCUGGAUGAUUAUGACUGGUUUGCUGGUAACAUCUCCAGGUCACAAUCUGAGCAGCUACUGAGACAAAAGGGAAAAGAAGGAGCAUUUAUGGUUCGAAAUUCCAGCCAGGUGGGAAUGUACACAGUGUCCUUAUUUAGUAAGGCUGUGAAUGAUAAAAAAGGAACUGUCAAACAUUACCAUGUGCAUACAAAUGGUGAGAACAAAUUAUAUCUGGCAGAAAACUACUGUUUUGAUUCCAUUCCAAAGCUUAUUCACUAUCAUCAACACAAUUCAGCAGGCAUGAUCACAAGGCUCCGCCACCCAGUGUCAACCAAGGCCAACAAGGUCCCAGUAUCUGUGUCCUUGGGAAGUGGAAUCUGGGAACUAAAAAGAGAAGAGAUUACCCUGUUGAAGGAGCUAGGAAGUGGCCAGUUUGGAGUGGUCCAGCUGGGCAAGUGGAAGGGGCAGUACGAUGUUGCUGUGAAGAUGAUCAAAGAGGGCUCCAUGUCAGAGGAUGAAUUCUUCCAGGAGGCCCAGACAAUGAUGAAACUCAGUCAUCCUAAGCUGGUUAAAUUCUAUGGAGUGUGUUCAAAGAAAUAUCCCAUAUACAUAGUGACUGAAUACAUAACCAAUGGCUGCUUGCUUAAUUACCUGAAGAGUCAUGGAAAAGGACUUGAACCCUCCCAGCUCUUGGAAAUGUGCUACAAUGUCUGUGAAGGCAUGGCCUUCUUGGAGAGCCACCAAUUCAUCCACCGAGACCUGGCUGCUCGGAACUGCUUGGUGGACAGUGAUCUCUCCGUGAAAGUGUCGGACUUUGGAAUGACUAGGUAUGUCCUUGAUGACCAGUAUGUCAGUUCAGUAGGAACAAAGUUUCCGGUCAAGUGGUCAGCCCCGGAGGUGUUUCACUACUUCAAAUACAGCAGCAAGUCAGAUGUGUGGGCAUUCGGGAUCCUGAUGUGGGAGGUGUUCAGCCUGGGGAAGCAGCCCUAUGACUUGUAUGACAACUCCCAGGUUGUUGUGAAGGUCUCCCAGGGCCACAGACUCUACCGGCCCCAACUGGCAUCGGACACCAUCUACCAGAUCAUGUACAGCUGCUGGCAUGAGCUUCCAGAAAAGCGUCCCACAUUUCAGCAACUCCUAUCUUCCAUUGAACCACUUCUGGAAAAAGACAAGCCUUGAAGAAGAAAUUCAGAGUGAACAUGAGAAUGAAUAUAAAUAUUGGCCAACAUUUUCAUUCUUAUUAUAGAGAAAAGCAAGACAAAAUAUAAUUUAGCUAGUUCUUAAUAGUAUUUUGUGUGUUGUUUGUUAUAUUAUCUUUGAAUAAACAAUGUAGGAAACAAAAGAUUUCUUUGAAAUUUAGGUCAGAUUAGUAAGUUUUGUUUAUGUUGUGCUUAAUACAACACUUCCAGCCUACAGCAGCACAUUUUCACAUUGCAACACGAAAGUGUGUAUCAUGUAUAAAGAUGGAACAGGAUUGACAAUUUACUUGUAUUACCAUUCUUUAUAUUGUCACUAUCAUGAUCAUUAAAUAUACUAUC